GUCUGUUUCGACAAUCAUUCGCGUUCAUACCUUCGUCGCAAUCAAAGUGUAAGCGGAGCAAACGUUGUGUUGUCGUCGGUAAUGUGUUGUUGUUGCCGCCACCAAUGCUGCCGCAGUAACCAAACAGCAGACAUUCAUUCACACAAUCAAACAAAAGGAAGAAAAACCUAAGAAGCUUGAAAAAAAACAUACGUCCCAAAAAAGCUUAAAAAAGAAUAGCAUAAUAACAAAAACAACCAAAGAGUGUAGUGUAUUUUUUUUUUGCAAGUCCGUAUGUUAGUGGCACACAACGUACCGGGUAACGUAAGAAGACAACGUAACUGCUGUUGUUUUUUUUUUUUUGGUUUCAACAAAAACAAGAGUGUAGCGGUUUAAUGCGUGUGCUGUGCUGUGCAUUGAGUGAGUGAGUGAGUAAUGGCUGUGCUGCCGUUUUAAGUGUGAAAUAAAGCAACAAAACCAGAAAUAAAUGAAACUCUGGCCAUAAAAGAAAUAACGAAUUUAAAUAAUAAAAAAAACAAAAAUAUUAAACCAUUUUACAACAACAAAAAAUCCAAACAUAUAUCAUUGCUGUUAUUGUAUUAGACAAACGAACGCAUAAACAAAACAACUUUGCAUUUCAUUAACAAGAAAAUUUAAACAAAAAAAAACCCCUACAACAAUAACAAGAAAUCACCACACUCAACCACAACAACAACAACACUUGAGAAAGAAAAUAUAACAAAACGUACAACGAGUUAAGAUUAUUUGGAUUACUUCAACCUCCUUUGUUCUUUCAAUUGUGAAUUUUCUCCAACAACGAACGAAGACAACUAGAAAGAAAAACAACAACAACAAAAGCAGCAUAAGUUCUAUGCCUUUGGGGUUUUUGGGGAUUGCUGGAUAGCAGACAACAACACACGUGUUCUGAGGUUUUUAUUUUCAUCAAAGAGUCGUAUUGUGAUGGUGGCGUACUCUGGAUAACUGAUAGCCAAAUGCCGGUCAUUCAUAUUUCGCUUUUGAAAAACUGCGAGUUAGAAAGAAGAAAAAACGGUUAUAACAUAGCCCUCUGAGGCGUCAUCAUUUUGUGAAGUGAAAAGCAAAAAAAGAGAAAAAAACAAAAAACGGUGGAAAAAAAUCAUUGAGAUAAAAUUCUAGACAAAUAAAUGGCUGAAAAUAAAUAACAAAACAAAACCGAAUGGAAUAAAGCAUUUUUGUGUUAAAUAAUUAGCCAACACGAAAUUUAAUAUUAUCUCAGCCAAGAGACAAUAAACAAAGCGAGCGAAUUCAAAGCGGUCCCGAGAAAAAAAAAAGACGUUAACAAAAAAAUACAACCAAAACCACGCCAAAAUCAAGAAAGGCAGUGCCUAGAGAAGUUCGCGGGCAAUUAAAUGAAACUAAGCGGCACCAUGAUGAAGUGAUAAGAAUAUAUCUCCCCCACCCCCCCACACCCCCCAAGUGAUCAAGAGUUGGAAUGGAGAACCACCACCAACAACUAAUUAAGUGAUUGUCUCGAAAACAACAAAACCCAAAAGAGUGCUAAGGAAGUGAGAAUUUCUACAAAAAAAAAAAAAAGAAUAAAAUGUCUGUGAAAAAUCUAGAAAAUCUAACAGAAUCUCCCUCAAACCCAAAAACCUUGAUUACACCCACCACCCUACCAUCUUUGAUUGUGACAAAUCUAAUAGCCUCCUCGGAGCAAGGCCCCAAGGAUAGUUUAUCCGCAAAGAAUAGCAACAGCGCCCCUAGUGCCUCGCAAAGCUCUACAGGGGUAAAGGAUCUUCAAGACACCUCCCAAAAUUCGGAUAGUGGCAAGAGCAGCAGUUGUAGCCCCACUUUGCUGGAUUGCAGUUUUGAUAGCGGCAUAGCUGGGGUUCUGCUCGAUAACUGCGAUAUGCAGUUACACAAAAGGAUACAACAGUGUCAAAGGAUUUUGUUGGCCUUGGAACGUGAACGGGAUCAUUUCACCACGCUGAGAAAUAGAUUGGGCAAAAUCUCAGAGAGAAAAAAGAAAAAAACUGUCGAAGGACCACCAGAAUUUAUAUGCAAUGUCUGCUGUGCAGAAGUAAAUCCAGACGAUGCUAAAACAUUUGUUACAUGUUUCAUUUGCCAGAAGUACAUUUGCCGUAGUCUCAAAUGUGCCGACUGGCUAUCGCAGACCGCCCAAUGGGAAUGUGAGCUCUGUCAGACUUCGAAAGAUUCGAUGGCUCAGACCUCAUCGUGGGUGGCCGAACAAAUGUCAUUCAAUCAACAAAAGUUGGUGUAUCCCAUGAGAGCGCGAAGUGAAAUUUACAUACCCAUAUCAGAGUGCAACGACAGUUCAAUACAUUUUGAAAGUGUUAGUCAAAUUGGUGCCACAUCGGCCUUAAUAACGGCCGAACAAAAACUAAAAAUACGUGAAUAUGUCGAAGAGAUUGUUGCCCGUUUGUUGGGUGGAAAUUUGGAUACGAUAUCUGUGAAUCAAUUGUCCAAAAGUGAAAAUUAUUUGUUGUUAUUUCGUAAAUAUCACUCAAGACUGAGUAACAUUUUAAUAAAUCUGGAAAGUGCCUUAACUUUUCGUGCCAUCAACAAAGGCGAUUUACCUGCCACUAAAACUAAUGGUGUCCACCAUCACCACUCCUAUACAAAUGGAUCGGUUGUACAUCAACGUGAGGAGGGCAGUACACAACCUGUUUCACGUGAAUCCACUCCGGGACCUGAUUUUACCGAUAUCUCGGAGACACGUUUGCGUCACAUGAUACAAAAGAUUAUCACUGAGACCAUCGAUAUGCCGCCUCUGUCAAAAACUUAUGCGGUAUCCGAAAUCGCUUUGGAUCGUCCAAGUAAAUUCGCCGACAAUAGUGGUUUGGCCAAUGGACAUCGUCAUCGUAUCGAGCAUUAUUUUGAGCCUACAAUCUAUCAGGAUUUAUUAGCUACAGCUGUGCUGAAUAAGAUUGCGGACAAACAAUCAAAUAAUAAUCGGACAAUUGCUGAAAGUUCUCCAGAUUUGACACGAGACACAGGUGACUCUGGAGAUUUGGAUCAAAAUUUCAAUAUUGAAAAUCAAUCAGUUACUUCGGGCAGCUCAUUGGAACCACGCAGCGAUUGCAGUUACACAGAUACGGAACCUAAUAUAACAACAAAUGAAGAUAAAUCAUUCGAUAUGUUGCAUGCUGGCCGUGAAUCGGUCACAAGUGACUAUUUGGCUGGUCAUAUGGUUCCUCUACCGGAUUUAUCGAAAUUACCAGGAGAAUCUGAAGAAGAUGAUUACAUGUCCGUGACUUCCAGUGCUGUGGGUGAUAGCACCUGGGAAAAUAAUUGGUUGUUCAAAAAGAAAAAGCCCAGCCCCUUGGGCACUGGUUCAGUGUCCACCUCGAGCAUUGGGAUGUUGGUACCUGAUCCCAAGGAAGAUGUACGCGCCCAAAUCGGUGAUAAGACAGCCGAUGAGAUAAGUGAUCUCUCCGAAUUGGGCUCAGACACGGAUGAUUCAUCAAUGGAUAUUUUACGUACCACUGUGGAACCUAUCAAUGAUCGUUUAUUUAAUAAGCAUUUGAUAGGUGGACAAAAUAGUAAAAUGGUAUUGGAUGAAUUAAUUGAACGCAGUAGUAUGAUCUCCAAUACUUUGCCUUUGGAUCAAGAGGAUGUUUAUGCUGAAACACGUAACAUAGAUGUUGAAGCUGCCGGUCAAAAUGAAGCGGUUAAUGCAAAUGUUAGUCAACAAAAUAAUACGGCAAUCACUAACAAUAACAACCAAGAAGAUCAAAAGAAUUUGGAGGCUCCAUGUGCUCUUAAGGGUUUCAGAGAAAACAACAGCAAUCCAUUAGCUGAUUUAUCAAAUAAUAAUAUUAACCAUGAGCAAACUGAUGAAUCCAAAGUCCAGUCCACCAUGGAAGUGAAUAGCAAUACGACCAAUGAUGUCAACGGUGUUGAAAAGGAUAUUUUAUUAAAUAAGGGUAACAGAAGCAAUGCAAUAUCUACUAAUAUCAUAACAUCUACUAAUACUUCUACAACUACUAAUGGCCUAACAACAACAACAACACUAUUUAAUGAUAAGAUUAAUUUAAGUAAAAAUUCCAUCACAGAAUCAUUUUCCAACGACAGCAAUUCUAAAAUCAGUAAUUAUAAACACAAACAACUAACAAACGGAGCCAUGGAUCUCCACUAUGCAACAGAAGACAGUUGUCAAAAUGUUGAAUAUGAAUUCCUAUUGAUAAAUCCAUGUCAAGUGGACAUUGUGGUAGAAAAGGAUGAGAAAAGCGAUGAAGACGAUGAAUUGGCAUCAUUGCCUCAACUCGUGCCAGGUUCUAUUGCAGAACGUGAAUAUAAGAAAUGGUACAAUGCUGUUGAAAUGCCCAAUAAUCCUUAUGCGCCGGAAGCUUUGAAACGACGCAUUAGUGGCAGUCAAGAACGUUUUAUCGAUUUGCCCAAUAUAAGUCCAUCCAGUGAACAAUGUCCCCUGGAGAUGAUAACCAAAGAAAAACUGGAGAACAAUGAAGUUGAUAAAAGGGAAAGUGAAUACCGAAGAUACAGUCGUGAUUAUUACAUUAACCAGGGCUCAAAAUCGUCACAAUUAUCCUCGCCGGUACGAGAAACCCACAAGGAUGUCACAGAGAUCGAACAAAAGCCAGAACAAGCCAAGGUAGCCUCUGAAUCAUGUCAAACAGAGGAACCAAUUGUUCUUAAUCUAUACAAGGCCAUGCCGGCCCAAGUGGUGGAGGACAGUACAGCAUCAUCUCUCGAUACCAUAUCACAACAAUCACUGCAAUCGGGUGGAGCUACUACUAGUGAUGAUUCAGAUACAAUAAAAAUUUAUGAUUUUAAGAAACAGGAAACAACGAUAAUUACACGCGAAACAAACAAGGUAACCAACAAAACGGAGGAAACGGAAAUUGUAAUGGAACAAGAGGAAACGACAGCAACAGCAAGGAAAGAAAGGCCUCUAACUUUAAAUGUUAGCCAACAAGCGGAGAGUAGUGUUAGCCAAACAGUUGGUACAACACCUACUAGAGGCUCAACACCGGCAGCCUUUAAAUUUUUACAACCAAAACGUAAGCUCUUGGAUCCUAGUCAAGUUCUUUCACUGGAAGAGGGUGAUGAGGAGCAAGCAAAUGGAGCUUCUGCCGACAAACCAGUCAUAGAAAAGGAGGUUGCGCAUGCUUUGCCUUCGGUGAAGGCUUUAGCCAAGGCUUUUCUAAUGACAUCAACAACAGUGCAACAACAACAAUCAGCGGAAAAAGUUUGGCCCAGAAAAACUAAAAUAAUGCCUGUGACUGAGAAAGACAACAAUUCACCUGUAAAAUAUCUAGAAAAUCUAAAUAUCGAUAUUGACAAGUCCGAAGAAGACAUGACAAUAACUUCAGAUCUAUCAUCAUUGGAAACGGAUCCCACAUCGAUUCUUAAAACAGCAGAAGACACCAAAGAACAAAAUUCACCCCCACCUGUAAAUGCUCCAGCCCCAACUUCAGCAAACACAACGACAAUAGCGACGGGUAAUCAUAACUCUACAGCAACAACGACAACAACCCCCACUGUACCUAAAGGGGUACUUAAAACAAAUAUUGCUUUCUUUGAGAAUUUAAAGAAUAAGUAAAUAUUAUAAUAUUUCAUAUUUCAAAUUUUUUUAAACUCAUGCAAUGGGUAUUGUUUUCGUUAAAAAGAAAACAAUAAUCACAAUUACUACGAGUCACAAAACAAAAACUGAAACUGUAAGGAAAUCUUUGUUGCGAACAUUAUUUUUUCCAGGUGCCAUUGAGUUGCUUUAGUUGUGUAAAUCCUGUUUAAUUUUUUUAUGUAUUGUAUUAUUUACAAAAGAAAAGAAAUUUUUGUACCAUAAAAGAGAGAAUUCUUUAAAAAAGAAUGCAAAAAUGUCGUUGUCAUAUAUAUGUAUACAUAUACUCUUCAUUAGAGAAUAAGAAAUAAUUUUAUGUUUAAGAUGUACCAAAUAACUUAUAUGUAUGUUUAUUUAUAUAUAUGUUGUGGUUAUACCAGCUAAACUGAACAAAAUGCAAUUUAGUACCUUCAUUUACGGUUUUCUUGAAGUUUGGAAACACAGAAAAGAAAAACAACUAGGCAAGAUGAAAGUUAUCGAUGAUUAUUGCACGAUAUACGGCGCAACGAUACUCUAGAUAGGUUUUUAGAGUUUUGAAGGAUCUAAGUUUUAUUCCAGGCAUGCCAACUCAGAUGUACUGCAUAGAAUUUCAGUGUAAAGUUGUAGUGGAUAGUUAUCGAAAUCGUGAUUUGCACUGUACAGUACUAAACCAAAACACAGUAAGGGUCGCGCGUUUAAGUAAGGUUUUACUGUAUUUAAAAAAAUUACAAUUAUCGGUUAUCGAUAUUUAUCGAAUUAUAUCUAUAGUUAUCGACUAUUAUAGAGAGUUUUAUAAAUAACUUUGUACCUUACAACUAUGUAGAACAUAACAUAGAGCAAGUCAAAUAGCUAUGCAGUACAUUAGGUCUGGUUUUGUUUUCGUCUAUACAGAGCACAACAUGAGUUAUUGGCUGUUAUCGCUUGUUAUCGUGAAUUGUACAGAGCAUUGUACGAGAGUUUUAUAAGUAACUUUGUACCUUACAACUAUGUACAAGAUUACAUUGAGUAAGUCAAAUGCUCUACAUAGCUAUGCAGUACAUUAGGUCUGUUUUGGCUUUCUUCUAUACAGAGUUAUAGAACAUGAGUUAUUGGCUGUUAUCGCAUGUUAUCGAGAAUUAUGCAUAGCAACAAUUUACUAAAUGGCGAUCUAAAGUAACUGACUUGCUCUAUUUAGAUCUCUACGUAGCUAUCGAAUACUUUGUUGCUUUGAAUAAAUCUCGAUUACACGUGAUAACAGCUGAUAUAUCACGUUGUACACUGUAUAGAGCAAAAAAUUAACAGUCCUAUUAUUGUUAGGAUAAAUUCUCGAUUACAGGCGAUAAAUAAUAUUGUGCUCUAACUAGGUUAUAACAUAGAUAGUCCUGUUAUAUAAUACUGUCGAUAACACGAAGAGGCAAAGAAAAUCUAGAAAAUUAAACCAAUAGCACGUUUACAUUCAGAUUUUUAUGAUCUGGAUUUAACUAAAUCCAAAAACAAAAAUCCUGUUCGUUUACACUGCGUUUUUGGGGAUUUAAGCGUACAUGCGUAUACAUGAAAGUGCAUAUCACACACAUCCAUACACAAAUCUUAAAAACGGUUGCAUAUUUUGAUACUUUUAUCGAUUAUUCAGCCAUGAAAUCGGGGUUUAUUUGCAAAAAUUUUAUUUAUUUUUAUAUGGUGAAACCUGUAAAAAACAAAGGAUUUAGUAGUUCAAUCUCGAUAAGGCCAUUAAACCGAAUUUAGUGGCCAAUGAAAACGUACUUCAAUAUUAUGAAAAUAAGAAUCCAGAAUAUUAAUAAAAUAAGACUCCGAUUGUAGUGGCAGUCCAUUACGGACUUACAUAAUUUUUAGUCCAUUGUGAUACCACCGUAGCGAUAGACCAACGCCUGUGAUAGGAAUUUAACCCGCAAUCCCCCUAAUGGCAAUCCAAGCUUUCCACCAACUUAGCUACAAGUGCGCUUUUUGCUCAUCUAACUGUUGCACUAUUUUUUUGAGAGCCACAAUGGUACUGAAGAUUUGAACUGGAUGAAAAUCGGUAUCAUGAGAUAACACUGUAUAGAACUUGGAAGGCAACACUGCAGUUAAUUACUUAACCCUUCUCCAGGCGCAAUUCUUUUUAAGUCUUAAAUAGUGUAAAACGCAAGUUAUCAUACAACAGACCUUGCCGAUCUCAAUUGUCGGUUUUAUUUUAUUAUCGUGCAAAUCAGAUGUACUAAAUAGAAUUCCAGGGAAAAGUUGCAUUAGGGUUGGUACUCUAUACGGCUUUUCACGUGAACAACUGUCAAACUCCAUAUAAAAAAAUACUUAUGAACUUAAAACAUAUGAAAAAAAUAAAUGCCUCCUUUGCGUUAAUGGCUUAAAAGGAGCGGUUAGCAAUAAUUAAUUCCAGGGUAAUGUGAAUGAGUAAGUACAAAAAACGUCUUGCAAUUAUGUUUAAAAAUAUUAUGAAAUUUUGUUUAAGUUUUUCGGAACAAUUCCGAAAACUGAACAAAAUGCUCUGCUUGAGAACAGUUAAAUAAAACACGUCCGCUUUAUUCUGAUGCGAGAAGUCUCCAAUUAUAUAUAAAUGGAAUAAUAUGUGGAAAAUUUGCUUUUUCAUUCUUCGUAGACAACCUCAAUUUAAAGAUUUCUUUUGUAUAAAUAAUCAAAGACUAUUAUUCUUAUAUGAUUAAAAUUUAAUCAUUUAAUCUAAUAGAUAAUCACACAAUUCAUAAAAAAAAAGUCAGUUGCUGAAAGGCUAGCCUGAAAAAGUGAUCAUGGCAAAACAAAUUUUUUAUCUGUGGUCUAUAUAUGCCGCCGAACUCCCGAUUUCAAAUCCCGGCGUAAAGAUCAGAAAAAUUGUUUGCGGUGGUUAUCCUGUUAUACAGUGUUAACCUGCCAUCUUCAAACUUCUCCACCAAGUGGUGUCGUUAUACGACAUACCGCUCGGACUCGUCGUAACAAAAGAAGCCCCUUUUCAUUGAGCUUAAACAUUAUAGGACUGCCCUCAUUAGUAUGAGAGAAGUAUCCCCUGUUCCGUAAUGAAAUAUUCAAAUAGAUUUCUGUUCAAUGGAAAAUUUUUACUUUCAAAUAUGUUACCUAAUGAACAAAGUCAUAAAAGUUAUUUUUAUGCCGAAAGACUUUGAAAUGCUCUUGGUCAGUUUAGAAAGUUUAACCAUGAUUAAUUUGUAUGUAUGUUUGUGUUACUACUAAUCGUAUGAAGUAAUUUUGUUUAAUCCAUUUUUAUUUAGUUUUAAGUAAAACAAAAAGCAGUACUUGCUUAUUAUACAUAUAUAUUUCAUUUUAGUUUGUAACAAGCUACAUAUCUACCAUUUCCAUUGUCAUCUUUAUUAAUUUUUAAACAUUUCAUUUGUAUGCAUAUCGCUUUAUGUUUUCAAAAUCACCAACAUACAAAUGCAUUGUCUUUUAACGGCGAACAAAAAGAGGUCUUUAUAAUUGCUAAUGAUAUAAAUCCAAAAAAAAGCUUACAUGAACAACAAAGUCCAAUUACAUACAAAGAUAUUAUCCAAAUAAAAAUAAAGAACAAAAUCAUAAAAAA